GCGGGGCUAAAAAAAAAAAGCAGGAAGAAGACAGGUAAAGGUGAGCCGCUCGCUGUGCGUCGCAGGCCUACCAAAAAAGUCGUGCUUCGAGUCACUAAUUAUAAGUGAAAGAAUGGUAAAGGAAGAAAAUGAGUUGGUCAACCGGCCUGACAACACUGCCUUCACCCAGCAGAGGCUCCCAGCCUGGCAGCCCAUGCUCUCCGCCGGAAUCAUCAUCCCCGGGUUUAUCCUCAUCGGUCUGGCCUUCAUCGGCAUCGGUGUUGCCCUCUUGAUCACUUCGCGAAGCAUCCAAGUACUGGAGCUCGACUACACGGGCGUGGACCAGAACUCUCCAUGCUUUAGGUGUUCGGACCCUGCCGUGAGGAACUGUAAUUGCACGCUACAGUUUUCCAACAGCCGGUUGAUUGAGGGUCCGGUGUUCUUUUAUUAUGGCUUGUCCAACUAUUUCCAGAACUACAGAAGGUACGGCGUCUCCAGAGAUGAUGGCCAACUUUAUGGAGAUUUGUCCUAUUUCAAGGAACCCUUUGAUCAAUGCGAGCCCUACCGAUUUGGCGGCGGCAACAACCAACCGAUCGUGCCUUGUGGCUCGAUAGCAAACAGCAUGUUUAACGAUACAUUCAGGCUGUUUCAGAACAUAAACGGCCAGCGGCAGGAGGUGCCCUUGGACGGCAAAGGGAUCGCUUGGUGGACUGAUUACAAUAUCAAGUUCAGAAACCCCACUGUCACACCCCUGAGGAACGCAUUUAAUGGCACCGUGAAGCCGCCGUUUUGGCCCAGACCGGCUUAUGAGUUGGACACCUCGGACCUUGCCAAUAACGGCUUCAUUAAUCAAGAUUUCCUGGUGUGGAUGCGAAGGGCCGCGCUGCCGGAUUUCCGCAAACUGUACCGGCGGAUCACCGCCGGCCUGCCAGCAGGAAACUAUUCUCUCGAUAUCGCUUACAACUAUCCUGUGAUGAGCUUCAGUGGCAGAAAGAGCUUGGUCUUCAGUAACGUGUCAUGGAUGGGGGGCAAGAACGACUUCCUGGGUAUCGCCUACCUGGUCAUCGGCACGCUGUGCAUCGUCAUGUCAGUGGUCAUGCUCAUUGUUUAUGCUAAAUUUAAGUUCCCCGAGGAGGAGUGAGGAAAAUUUGCUGUGAGGCAUUUUAAAAAUAAUUGACAAGUUUGGCGUCUGCAGGAGGAAAAGUUUAGAAAAUACUUCACAGUUGUGUUAAAGGUUUUUAUUAACAGCAAAACAAAAAUGUUACAAAUCUGAAAGCUCAUUAAUGAAAGCCAAAAUUAUAGCAACAUUCAUCUGGUUACAUAUUUACUCAUAAAUCUACUACAAUGAGUCAAGUGAUUAAAGCAGAUUUGCACAUAGCGAGAAAUUGCAUUUUAAUGCAGUGCAUUGACGUUUUGUAAAUUCUGUAUUCAACAGAGUUUUUGUCUCAGGUUCCUUUUGUUUUGUGUUUUUUCUGUAAUGUAUUUUAAUUCUUCCGUUUUACACCCUAGGAAUCCUUAUUUAAAAUUAACCACCAUACACACAUAUUCACCCAAUUACAAUAACACAUAAAAAUGUAAUACAACAGAGGACACUGAUAUUGUAAAUUCAGGAAAUUUAAUUUUAUUCAUUGUUCUGUACAGCUUUUAACAGAUUUUCCCUUUGUGUUUUGCUUUGUGUUACUAUUUAUGCAAUAAAACAAUACAAAAGCA